AUGCAAGCCGUUCAGGUGUCAUCAACCAAUCAUGCUUUGAUCGGUGACUUUAGUAAGCCUUAUUUGCUGCCUUUUCUGUCCAAUUGUAAGCACCAAGAUCUCAAGUCCAUCUCUUCUCAUGUUCUGGCCAGCUUGAUCAAUGGCAGCUACAAUCAUUGCGUUGAGUCUUUUACUGUCAUCGACUGUCGAUAUCCAUACGAGUUUGAGGGUGGUCACAUUCAGAAUGCAAUCAAUAUUUACACUCAGGAGCUAGUUCUGAAAACAUUCCUCCCAAACAACUCACUCACUUUAAGGACAAAUGAAAACCUGUCAAAGCGCCGCAUUCUCAUUUUUCACUGUGAAUUCUCAUCAGAGCGUGGACCUAGCUUGUGUCGCUUCUUGCGCAACCGAGACCGCGUCCAGAAUACUCAAACUUAUCCUUGUUUAAACUAUCCUGAAAUGUAUCUUCUUGAAGGUGGCUACAAGGACUUUUUCACCCACUACUCG